AGUUUUCCUGGAAAAAAUCGCACUAGUGCAGUUUUUUUUCACAUCAAAUUUAUUUUGUUUUAUUAGCCCGUUUCUUAUCAAAGUUCUUACUCCCGUUCAGUGUUUUAUUGCGUUCUAGCCGUAUACGCAGUCUUGAGAGGUUUGAUUCUGUACCGCGCACUUCGAUAGUCAUGUAAUUUUCCCACCUACCAUUUGCUGGACUGCCAAGCUGAGCUGCUGCUGCUUCAUUAUCAGAAAAGUAGUGUUGUACAACAUAGGUAUACCUAAUCAUCCACUUGACGCAAAGCAGGAAGAGAGGCGUGCGCUGCCGUUGCUACUACAAUGAUAAUGGAUGCACUCAGGCAUUACGGGCUGAGUCAGCGUACGGAACUUUCGCCAGCGAUAAAUUUGCCCCUACGGAACACCAGGAGGAUUAAGUUCACCUGCUUUGAUGUAUCGGAAAAGUAUCUCAUCUUCGGUGCCAACUCCGGAAGCUUGUAUGUAUACGACCGGGCGAGUGUGAACUUUCUGAGUAUCAUUCCCAGCCAGCUCGGUACGAUUAGUCAGGUGUUGAUUUCGAGCAAUGGCAAGCAAAUUGCGGUGGCAAACAUGCGCGGGGCGAUCGGUGUAGUGCUGGAUCUAGAUAGUUCGGCCUCGAAGGAAGUGCUACUGACGGAGUUGAACGAUGGAACUGCCGGUGGUGGUGGAGCCAGUCGGCCUGGGGCCUUCGUUACCAGCUUCUGCUGGGGAGAGGACGAUAAGGAUCUGUACUGUGGUGAUUCGAGGGGAACGGUAUCGCUACUGCAGUUGUCCAUGUUUAUGGGAAGAAAUAUUCUCAAUAUUACACUGAGUCCAGUGCUGCUUUUGGAGAAUCAAAUUGUACAGAUUGAUCGCUACAAGGAACUGCUGCUAGUUUCAACUUUUUCGAAAUGUGUACUAUGUAAUACCACGCGAGAAGAGUUCAAGCAGAUUGGUAACCGACCUCGUGAUGGUUUGUACGGUGCAGCAUUCAUAGUUCCAAAUGACGAAUAUUUCGAUUCGCCAGUCGAUGAAGGAACGGAGGAAGUUCAAACGGAAGGCGAUGAUGACAAUGACAACGAACAACGACCAUCACCUUCGGCGAAGAGUACUCCUCAGGAAGAUGUGCGAAUAUUCUGCUCCCGACCGGGUUCACGUUUGUGGGAAGCAGAUCUCGAUGGAAAUGUAUUGCGAACGCAUCAAUUCAAGCAGAAAUCUGCCGAUCGCGAUGAUGCGGAUGGUCGCAAUGAGAUUAUUGCUUUCAAGAUUCUGCAGACGGUUUUGGGUCGGUUGAUUUUGGUGCACGAUGAUCGGGAGAUAUUCCUCAUAGAUCCAAUAGUUUCCCGGAUAGUGCUGUGUAUUAACAACGUAGGGGAUAUUUGUCGGGUGUGUGUUGUGAGGGAAGAGAUUUACGUGUUCGGUAGCGAUCAAAAGUUAUUGAAGAUUAAACUGGAAAUUGAACGGAAGGAGCGAACGAAGACGAACCUUACAAAGAAGGUCAAUGGCAAAAGGAGUUCUCCGUUGAAAGAAAAUGGAGUGUACAUUUUAGAUCACCUGUUCAACAAUAAUGGCCCGAAGGAGCAAACGGAAAGUACGAUAAAAGAGGCUUUGGCAUCGGUGGUUCGUGGCAAAUAUGGGAGAAAUAUCAAGCAAAUGUUCCUCGGGUAUGACCAGAUCGGUCCGGAAAGGCCCAAGACGCUGAACAUAAGCAAAGUCUACAACAGUGAGGAGAACUAUAACAAUAUUGCACGAGUAUUACCCACCGAUGAUGCUAGUCCUGCCGAAGAGGACUGCAACGAAGAUGUUGUCCCGAAGAGGAACCCACCAAAGAAAAUGUUUUCGAUGUCGCUUCUCAGUGACUAUCAGCUCAGUGAGGACGAUAAAACCGUUCGUAAUUUGUACUUAGUCUACCGUUCAUCUAUCAUUAGUAAUCUAAGCUUCGCUGAUCGCUAUGCCAAGAUAUUCGAUACUUACGAUACGCAUACCAUUGUUAGCUUACUGCACAAACUGGAAACCGUCAUGGACGAGAACAAUGAGGAACACCCGAGGCUCAAAUGUAUGCGAAUAUAUUUUGAUUAUCUAAAAGUAGAGUUGAUUUGGGAAAUCGACGCCGAAUCACGAGUUUUUAUCAAACAAAGCUUCAUAGAGUAUAACAAGAUGCUUCUGCACGAGGAACUAAGCGACCUGGAAAAGUGUGAAUCAUGCGGACACUAUCUGAGGACCAAUUCCAACUGCCACUACCCGGAGAUCGGGAUCACACUUAUACAGUACUAUUGGUCCCGAAAGGACUACGCCCAGUGUUUCGAGCUUGUACAGCAAAUCCCCUACCUAUGGCACACGAUAACCAAGUUCUACAUCCAAGAUCACCGAGAUGAUAAAGUAAUUCAAUGUAUAUGGAACCUGGGAGACCAUAGCUUGCUGGAACGUGCCGCCGGCGAAAUGUUCUCCCUGGAUCUUUGGCGUCAGCUGUUAGAUCUAAUGCUGACGUGUUACAAUAGCAAUAGUUUAAUGUGCUUGAACUGUGAUAAACUUUGCACGCUUACAGAAACUAGCCGUAAUCCGAUGUGGGAGCAGCAACCACAGGCUCAUUCGCCGACAGAAAGCCGCAACGACAAUAACCAUUGUAGUAAUCGUAACAACAACUGCACGACUAGAAAUAAUCACAGUAGUAGUAAAGUUAGCCAAUUCUACAGCUGGAACUAUAUUUUAAAUACGGCUAUCGACAACGGUAGUGUCGAUGGGAACGCACUGCUAAAACUCCUACGAGGCUAUGACGAGUACAUUCCAAAGGGUGCAAUCAGCACAAGCUUCUAUCUGAAAUGCCUGCUGAAUGUAUCGGACUAAAUUUCAU